CUCGCGUCGGCCUUUUCUUUGUCGUCUCCGCAUCUCCGCAUUUUCCCAGUAUCUCGGUAUCUCAGUGUCUCAGUGCCUCCAGUGCCGACAGUUUUCCGCCGACAUCAAAAAAAAAAUUGUCAAAAUAAUACAAAAUUCGCGGAAAAGGAGGGCAAUACAUGUAAUAAAUAAAAACCAGCCAAGAAAAGCCAACCGUGAAAAUAUAAAUAUAAAUUCCUGGCGUCAACUGUCAGCGACAGCGGCAUUUUCCAGCACAAUGUUGUUUCUGGGCAUUCGGCGAUUUUAGUGGGGGAGCACAAUUUUACGCUUGGCUAGCAAAUGUUAGAGAUGGCCCCAAAUGGAUUCAGCGGGACACUGGCGGCGGCAGCUGCCUAGAAAUCCUGGGGAGCAGUUCUCCAUUGACACCGAAACUGAAACCCCCAACCUAAACCCAAAACCGAAACCGAGACCCCAAACUCGGAAAAUAAUGCGCUGCAGGAGUGGGGAUUAUUGAAGUUGACAACACUUCGGCAGACCGGGCUGAAAGCACAGGGUUAAAAGCAUUCUCUCUUGGGCCAGCCGGAGGAGUACAAUGGUCAUCCAGUGCACAUGUGAUUGCAACUGCAGUGAUAGUAGAGAUAACCGGAGCAUAAUAUCCUGCCUGCUCCCGGGUCGCAGUCAGCCGUACAAGUUCGGAGCCUCCUUCGGUGGCGAUGAUAUGGAGCAGAGGGUACCCUACUACCGCCGCCUAUCGAAUACCUCAUCGGCGCUCUACGGCAGCUGUCCCCAGUUGUUGCCCAGUAGCAGUAGCACCGCCAACCAUCAUUCCUGGCUGAGGAUCCCCAAGAAUCCCCAGGAAAAUCCCCAGGAGAAUCCCCAGGAGAACGCACGGCAGUACUCGAGUCUGGUGAGGCCCAAGCAACGCAGUCCCGUGCUGUGCAACAAAUGCGCCCUGUGACGAAGAUACAAUCUGAGCUGUGAGCAUCCCAAGGAAGCCACCGGGAAACCGGUGAACACCACCCAACAAAAACCGGACCAGGAGACGUCGACGAACCAGCGUUACUUGUGCCACGAGUGUCGUUUCAAUA